AGUCUGAGGAACACAGGCCCCCCUCAGUCGACACAGUCAGAGAAGGGAGAGGGCCGCGAAAACUAGGGCACAGCAAAACUGACCCCUUUCCCUCAAACUAGAGGCACAAAUCCAACAGAGAGAGAGAGACAAAGAGUAAUAGGGUGUAGGCUGUUCAGGAGUGAAGGCCGCGAAAAUCCACCAUCGAAGCCUCCAGAAGUCUGACGUCCCCACAGGACCUCGGUGCUACGCAUUUCUUCUUCUUUGGACAUCUUCUUGUCAGUGUAUCCACGUACAAAACUGCACCAUGCACAAACGUACGAAGGUGAAGAUCACGUUCUUUGUGAUCCUGGUGGGUAUGGCGUCCAUGUURACGGCGGUGGUGACGGACCAUUGGGCCGUGCUGAGCCCGCGGGUGGAGCAGGUGAACGCGACGUGUGAGGCGGCCCACUUUGGCCUCUGGAGGCUGUGUAAGAAGGCCAUCUACAUCAGUGAGGCGGACUACAAUGGAAAGGGUUGUGGCCCCAUCAGCUUACCUGGAGCGGAGAACUGCACCUACUUCAAACACUUCACUCCAGGGGAUGAGUCUGAGAUUUUUGAAGUCAAAACCCAGAAAGAGUACAAUAUCUCGGCAGCGGCCAUCGCCAUCUUCAGCCUGGCCUUUAUGAUCUUGGGCACCUUGUGUCUCCUGUGCUCCUUCAAGAAGGGAAAUGACUACGUCCUCAAACCUGCCGGAAUGUUCUUCGCUUUCGCAGGCCUGUGCGCCAUCAUCUCAGUGGAGGUGAUGCGUCAGUCGGUAAAGCGGAUGAUCGAGAGCGAGGACACCAUCUGGAUCGACUACUCCUACGCCUGGUCCUUCGCCUGUGCCUGCGCUGGCUUCUGCCUCCUCUUCCUCAGUGGCCUCGGCCUCCUCCUGCUCUCCAUGCCCCGCAUGCCCCAAAACCCCUGGGAGUCCUGCAUGGACGCUGAACACGAAGUGGAGUAAUAGACAGAGGGAUGAGACGAGGAAGAGAGUGACACUUUGUUUUAAAAGCAAUAAGAUCACGAUCAAGAUAAACUUUGUGUUGUUAUGUAGUGGAACCAGAGGGUUAUUUCACACAGUGCUUGGGAGCAGUCGAGUCCUGCUUUCCCGAGUCAUAGUGGGAGGACCACACAACAUAGUGUCAUCGUGUGACUCCAAGUUUACGCCGAUAUGAUGGUUAUUCUAUAAAUAUUUGCUGAUAAAAGGCUUUUCCACUGCAAUUUCUCGCAUAAUUAAUUUUACAGACACAUAAAUGUCAACAGACACACAAAUGUCAAUGAUGCAAGUCUAUUGGCCUUGUGUGCAAACUGUUGGGGUACUGUACACCACUAGCAGCAGUUAUGGGUAGGGGGGCUAUGCACCUGUGGAGGCAACGGUUGAGACUUUCCACUGCAAUUUCUCGCAUAAUUAAUUUUACAGACACAUAAAACAUCCCACCAUAUCGAAUGAGCAAAUUGUCUGUUUUAUAAAAUUGCACCGGCAUUUCCUGUUUCCAUCAGCCGAGUGACAUUUGACCUAUGAAUCCACCUUUUCCCCAAUGUGUGUUUUUUAUGAUAAUUCUGUACAUAAGUCAAUCAAUUUAUAACUGGGACGGUUCUGUUAUUUUCAGUGCAUCAAGCAACUUGCAAUGAAUUUAUGUCAAAUGUAUUAAGGCAGAUUUCAAGAUAAACCAGAAAAUUGUUAGAAUCAGAUGCCAAAUGAUUACUUCAUAAUUAUUUAAUAUUACAACAAAAUUACAAAAAUAUUCACAGCAUACAUAACACUAAUUGUGAUGUAAAGGAGUGAUAUUAAAAUGAUCCUUUUUAAUUCUAGAAUUUAGGUCAUAUUAGAUUUAUAGUGAAAUAAAUAUAUUUUCAGUAUUCAAAAGGACUUACUUUUAGAAGAAUAAUACAUGGCUGUCACAGCAAAUUGGAGAAACAAAUAAUGCUGUCUGGUGGGUUUAGUGUGCAUACCAGGCAGAAUGCUAAACACCAACAGUCCACUGAAUGCUUGGGUUGGAAAGUAUUCAGUUCUAGCAGGUGCACACCAAACACUAAAAAACCCUGCUUUUUAGAGCUGAACACAUUGCAGCCCAAUUUCUUUGACUAUUUGAUCCCAUUCAAUUUAGGUGAACCAAGUACUCUUUUUUUUUUAAUGAAGUUAUCAAUUUCUUCUAGUUCUGAUUUUAGUUAGCUUCUGAUGCAUUUAACUUAACUUGGAAGGUACUCAGUAGCCAACACUUUCAGGGCCAUUCAGUUCAAAUGGUCAGGGAAAAACUCAGAGCCUUAAUAUGUACCAUCUAGAUCCAGUAUAUGGCUUUAAUAUAUAUUUUCCAAAUGUCCAGUCUUCUCAGCCAAACUAAACUGGACUUCUCUCCUAUGUUACCAUUCAUCUUUGGCUUCUAUGGACAGGCAGGAAAUAGGUGUACUGUAAAAACCCAGCGGGUACAUUAUAUUGUUAUGGAUGAUACUGCUUUUCUAUUUACUCAGUGGAAGUGUGAAACAAGGAUUCUUUUUGAUACAGAAAUGUACAUUACUAGUGUCUCAAAACAAGCUUGCAAGUUCUAAUACCAUUGCUUUCCCCAUUUGAUAUGUGAUUGAAUAGAUGAGGGCAGUUGAUAAAAGGUACUGGCACUAUGGUACUUAAACACUACAUAAGAGACUUCAUGAAUGUAGCAGAUAACUUGCUUAGCCAUUUUGUCUGUUAGAACUAGCUUUUGGUAUGGAAUGAAUUACUGUACAGUGGUUGUCUUCAGUUGUGCGUACAUGUUAUGACCAUGAAACCAUGCAUUUCUAAAUCAAAUAAAUUCACUGAUAUCUAGCUUUGAUGAAAGCCA